UGCAACAGGUGGUUUCGUUGAAGUAUGAAAGCGAGAGCAAUAUAACAAAGAAUUAUAACGAAAUGCAUUUUAAAAACAAAUUCACUAACGUUUAUUCAAUGAGUUUUGUUCGAAGUGAGUGGUCGUCAUUGCGGUCGUUCGAGUGUUGUCAUCUUUUGUUUUGGUGUUUGUAAGUAUAAAAUGCAAUACAAAUAGCGACAAAACAAGAUUAACAACAAAGCAAAGAAAAAACAACAACAAAGUUGAACUGAUCACAGUUGCUCAAGCAACAGCAAAGAGUACGACGCAAAGUUGUCGGGCAACUUGUUUUGCUUUGUUUUUUUUUAUUUAUUUUUGGUUACUCUGUUUGGUCUGUGCUAGCCUUUAAGCUCAAACGGCUUAUUCGUUAAACCAAGAAGAGGAGCCUUGCAUUUGACCAGUCCGUCCCGGUUCUGAACGGAAAUACCAAUUAAAGGUACGAAAGAAAAAAUUCAAGGAACAAAAACAAAAAAGAGAAGACAAAAUACGAACAUACGCAGUACACAGCAACGAUUUUCCAGCUCUCCAACUUUUUUAAUUAAAAGAAUUUUUUUAGUAUAAAUUUUGAAUGGAAUAAUUAUGUCAUGGGAUCUUGCACACGGCGACACUUUCUGCUGUCAACAUGUUUUCUGCAAAUGAUAACAAUCAUCGAACGUCAGGUAUUCGACUUUCUCGGAUACAUGUGGGCGCCAAUAUUCCUUAACUUUUUUCAUAUAAUUUUUGUAAUAUUUGGAUUUUACGGAGCAUAUCAUUUUAGAAUAAAAUACAUAAUAACAUAUUUAAUAUGGAAUUUCCUGUGGAUAGGUUGGAAUUCGUUUUUAAUAUGCUUUUAUCUAAACGUAGGCAUAUUGGAUAGGGAUAGCGAUUUGCUAAAUUUAGGCACUGGCAGUGUUUCUUGGUUUGAAGUGAACGGUUACGGCUGCAAGCCAACUUAUCCCACAAACAUAACUUCCGAUGAUCCUUACCGUCCAAUACGUCCAGAACGUGUAGAUGAAUGCUUGUUGGAUUAUACUAUUGUUGAAGUGAUACAAUCCGGAGUACAAUGUGCUUUGGCAAUUCUCGGAAUUUUUGGCGCCAUUUUAAUCAGUUAUAUAUUUCUCGAUGAAGAUGAUAGAUUCGAUUUCAUGAAUGGUGAUGCCAAAAGUCCACAACACACCGUGGUUCAUCCAAUGUACGUGAGCUAUACAAGUAUUCCUACAUCAGCAAGCGCAACAAUGUUGUCAAACAAGCAUCAUCAUAAUCAUCAACAAAACUCACAUCAUCAGCAAUCAAAUAAUAAUACAUUUAAUUUAAUACACCACACGAACAGUAGCAAUAAAAAGCAUAGCAACAACAGCAGCAACAACACACCAAAUUCAAGCAAAAAUAAUACAUUAACGCGUGUGCUUUAUAAUUCGAAAAAUAAUAAAAUUGCAUCGUCCACAACAAGCAUUUUGCCAGCAGCAACGGCAGCGGCAACAGCAACAGUAACAAAUAAUGCGAAAUUGUUGCAACAAUAUUAUGACGAUAGCACGGCAAAGGCUGAUCAGUUGUAUACGAGCAGUAAUCGUCGACAACUAGCGACAGCCAAUGCCACAUAUCAGCAACAUUUUGUCACGCCCACUUCAUCGCAUGAUAAUACAGUGUCCUCACUUUCAUAUGCUUCAUUGCAAAAUUCUAAUUUUAUUUCAGCCAAUAACUUACAUAGUGUUUAUGCAGCUGAAAGUCCUUUGAGUGGUCGACGUGGUGGUGGGAUGGGAAAUAGUUCAAUUGGUGGGGAUGCCGCCACUGAAGUUGGUUCAUGUUUGACCAGCAGUCCUCUGAGCAACAGUAAUUAUAGUCUCACCAAUAGUAUCAAUAAUAAUAAUCCAGUGGCUGGUACUAGUAAUAGUGGAAGGUUUGCGCGCAUACAUGCAAAGCCCAGACCUCCCAAGUCCACUAGUUAUAGUAAUUUUAUAAAUAGUAAUGGCUUACCUAUUGGGUCCGGUAACAAUUUACACCGUCCUGAUAUAAAAUAUACACAAAUGUCCUCUGAACGUUUAUCGAACAAUUUCGACGAAAACUUCGAAGAUGAUAAUUUUUCAUUGCGAAAUUUCAAAACUGAUGGUGCAGUUACGUAUGUACCCUUUCAAAAACCAACACCAGGAAAUCUCUUUGUCAAUCACAAUAAUAACCCCUCAUAUACUUCACUUAAUUCCUAUACAGUUAAUCAAAAUAGUUUAAAUAAUAAUGUUGCUAGUCCAAACAAUAAUUCCUAUGCGCAGGAAACACAUCCACGAGAUAACUCACAUAUUUUCUUAAAUGAUAAUGAAAUUUUACUUGAGAAUGGGGCAAAACUUCACCCAGUGUCCAUUCAGGAAGCGGCAAUAUUAGAAGAAAAAAGGCGUCAAUUACAAUUGCAACAGCAAUAUCAAGCUCAAACUAUUUUCAAUCCUGCUAAUCACUUUAUGCAACAACAAAAUGGCUUACCUUUUCAACCCGCAUACUCCCCUAAGCCAUAUAGAGCGAACUCAGCUCGACCAACUCGUCCAACUAACAUUCCACUACCAACAGUACCAGUGCACUCAUUUGAUAUCCCAAUUUCACCUUCAGAGGUCACACCACCGCCACCACCAGCACCGCGACCGCACAUAUUUCAGCCACGCUUAGGGCAUGCACCCUAUCCUGAUCUCUCGCCAGAAGUAACAGAAAAGUACGCCAUGCCUUCGCAAUACAUACCAAGAUCUCCGGUUGCUACGCGAGUUGCGCGACGACAACGUCAACAACAUGAACGUUCACAAUUAGCAAAUAAUUCAGCUAAUUUCUGUGAUCAAAUACGCAACACACAACCUACUUCCCAUAUAGUCCGUGCUAAAAGUCACGACAGGCUCUCCAACUCACAAACAGCGCAGGCCAAGGCAAACAAAGAAAUUUCUGCGCCACAUGUUAACCGACGUAGCGGUCGGAGGGAGGGUGGUAAAGCGCGUCCACGUUCAUAUUGCAACUCAAUGGUGGGCGGUGAAGGCGUCAUACGUGCUAAUAUUGCAGUCGAUCGUGAAGUGAGUGGUGUUAUUUCAAGUGGCCUGUUAACUGGUAACGACAGAGACAUAGACCACGAGGUUUAGACUAAUUGUCAAUUUAAACUGCCAAGAGGAGUGAAGUUUCCUUUAGAUGCAAGUUGCCAGGCCAGCACUUACAUAUACUGUUCUAUCAGCUUUGUUAUGUCAUAUGUUUCAUCCCCAUUAAAAACAUUUUAAAUUAAAUUUUUUUUUAAAUUUAAAAACGUUUUAAAA